AUGGUUGAAGCCAGGAUUCGCAAAGUUACUAUAGCAAAUGUCAAUGGCAACUUGGGGCCAGAAGUCAUCAAGCAGCUUCUGGAUGCAGAAUUCGAAGUAACGAUCCUCACCAGAGACUCGAAGCAAACCACAGGCAGCUAUGGCGAGACGGCGAGGCUUCAAGUGACUGAGGUCGAGUACACUUUGCCUACACUGGUGCCAGCUGCCGCUUCCGUUGAAGCUGGAGUAUGCCGCAUCGUGCCCUCUUACUACGGCGUCGAUAUGCGUGUGCCGGAGAACCGAGCGAACCCAGCUUUCGUGCCCAAGCUCUUGAUCGAAGGUCACAUCCAUGAGCUUGUCGAGAAGGGCAAGAUCACGUACUCUGGCAUAACCACUGGCGACUUCCUGGAGUAUGCACUAAAUUUCGGAGCCCUGAUCAACCUGGUGGGCAAGCCGUAUCCAGUCUUCAAGGGCGGCGACGUGAAUGCGUCAUUAAGGAGUCACUCAGACAUUGCCAAGGCGAUUGUCAGCGUUCUUCAGAAGCCCGAUGAGACCGAGAAUCGUUACCUAUUGAUAAAAUCCAUGGUUACUAGGCAGAAUCAACUGCUUCGGCUCGCCAAGGACGUCUGUCCAGGAGUGAAUUCAAGCCAAUGA